CAAAAAUUCAUAACCUCUUUCGUUUUCUCUCACCUUCGUUGUCUACACUUAUUUUGCUUCAACCAUGAUCAAAGGUAGCGACGUGUACGAUGUAGUUGCAGCCAUUGUGCCCCUCUACGUGGCUUUGAUCUUAGCCUAUGGCUCCGUCCGUUGGUGGAAGAUCUUCACCCCAGAACAGUGCUCCGGCAUAAACCGUUUUGUGUCGGUUUUUGGAGUGCCCUUCCUCUCUUUUCAUUUCAUAUCCAACAAUAACCCUUACACCAUGAACUUCAGGUUCUUAGCCGCGGAUUCUCUUCAAAAGGUUGUGAUUUUGGCUGCACUUGUUCUGUGGAACGCUUUCACAAAGUGGGGUAGCAUGAACUGGACCAUCACACUGUUCUCACUCUCCACUCUCCCCAACACGCUCAUCAUGGGGGUUCCUCUUCUGAGAGCCAUGUAUGGAGACUUCACAACCGCGCUCAUGAUCCAAAUCGUGGUUUUUCAGAGUGUGAUUUGGUACACUCUCUUGCUGUUCAUGUUCGAAUAUAGAGCGGCCAAGCUACUCAUUCUGCAGAAAUUCCCUGAUACAGCAGGUGCUAUAUCCUCCGUUAGGGUUCAUUCCCACGUUGGUUCUCUGAGUUGUCGAGAAAUGCUCGAAACUAAUGCAGAAACCGGAGAAGAUGGGAAUCUUCACGUGGUGGUCAUGUCACGUUCCGUGUCCGUCGCAUCAAAAGAACCAAGGCUGCGAAGUUCAAGUUCAAAUUUUAGUGCCACAGAUUCGCACCCACAUGGUCUCAACAGAGAGGGGAUGCUGAAAAUGCAUGAAAAGAGUUUUUCAAGGAGCAAGAGCGUUGGUCAUGGUUUGGUUUCUCCGUAUCUGUCUCUGAAACCAAUAGGGGACAAGGAGACAGACAGUAACAAGGGUUUGCACAUGUUUAUGUCAACUUCGCCAACUUCUGAUCCUAAUGUGAGACAUGCAGCGAAUACUAGAGUUGGAUCUUACAUGGAAUCUUCAAAGGAUGUUGAAAUUGAAGGUGUUGAAGGUCCUGUAUUGAGGAGUCAGAACGAUAACAGUGAAGGAGAUUCAAACAAAAGGCAAGAAAUGCCUCGUGCCAGAGUCAUGAUAAAGCUUAUUCUCAGCAUGGUUUGGAGGAAUCUCAUAAGAAACCCUAAUACCUAUGCAAGUGUUUUGGGUCUUGUUUGGUCUCUCAUCUUUUUUAGGUGGAACAUGAAGAUGCCAUCUAUAAUAAAAGGUUCCAUAGAAAUAAUUUCAAAUGCUGGGUUGGGAAUGGCCAUGUUCAGUUUAGGUCUUUUCAUGGCGUUGCAACCGAAAAUCAUCACUUGUGGAAAAACUCGAGCUAUGAUUUCAAUGUUAAUUAAGUUUUUGGUUGGUCCAAUGGUGAUUCUUGCAACCUCCAAAGCCAUGGGUGUCAAUGGAGUUCUUUUAAAAGUUGCAGUUGUUCAGGCUUCUCUUCCAGAGGCUCUUGUUCCCUUUAUAUUUGCCAAAGAAUAUAAUCUCCAUGCAGACAUACUCAGCACAGCGGUUAUCUUUGGAAUGGUGGUUGCUUUGCCAGUUACAAUAAUAUACUACGUGAUUCUUGGACUCUAAAACUUUUCUUAGAAAAACAACUAUGUAUGUGUAGCAUUUGAAGUAGUGUUAAAUGAGAAAGAAAAAAGAAUGCUAUUGAAGAGAAGGAUUGAUGCUGCGAAUGUCUAAAUACAGAAUGUAGUGGUGUUUAAUUUAAUUUUUCGUUUACAUUAGGAUUGAGGUAGUGUUAAUCUAAAUUCAGAUA